CUGACGAGCCGUUGCUUGUGGAAACAGCUGGUGGUUUCUGUCAGCCAACACUCGGGAAUGAAGCGACACCAGCACCAAUAAAACAAAAAAAAAAGUUGCAGUUAGACCCGAAACUGAGUGAACGCGCUUUGAUGCGAGUCUCCGCUGCUGUUCCGGGAGAUGACACCCGCCGGCCGACACUUUACCGGCCACUUCGUGAAGCACGGAGCCCGUUAACGAGAGACGCCGGCUGCUGCUGUUGCUGCUGCUAACGCGCGGCUAUAGCUAACUUUGCGCACUGGGAUUCGGGCUUUUCCACUGGGGGAAGGAAGCUGUCAGCUGGGAGAGACUCGGUGUCAACAUGCCUCAUAUUCAUUAUAAAUUCUCCUCCAAGCUGAGCUACGACACGGUGGUGUUUGACGGGCCGCACAUCACGCUGGACGAGCUCAAGAGGCGGAUCAUGGGCAGGGAGAAGCUGCGAGCCGCCGACUGCGACCUGCAGAUCACCAACGCGCAGAACAAAGAAGAGUUCACCGAGGACAGCGGUCUGAUCCCCAAAGGCUCGUCGGUCAUCGUGCGGAGAAUCCCCAUCAGCAGAGUCAAGCCCAACUCGAGCAGCAAGACCCACAAUAUCGAGCAGUCCGACGUCCAUCUCCACCACGCCUUCGGAGCCAGCAGAGCAGUACGUAGCCAACCCAAACCCCAUAGCGCGCCGCCCACAGCUCCACACAACAUUUUUAAGAUGGACGACCAAAGCUCUACCGGCGCCUUGUCAUUCUUCUCUAAGAUGCAGAUGGCUAACCUGGUCGAUGCAGAUGUGUCAGAGGAGGAAAAGAUCAAAUUUAUGAUGUACCAGUCUGCCCACGACUCCUUGAGUUUAAACAAGAAGCUCGGCACUGCCCUUCCUGUGAACUACACCUGUUAUCGCUGUGGAAAUACCGGACACCACAUCAGGAACUGUCCCACCAGCGGGCAGGACAAAAACUUUGAGGCUCCUCUAAAGAUAAAGAAGAGCACAGGAAUCCCUCGUUCCUUCAUGGUUGAGGUAGAUGAUCCCACUAUGAAAGGAGCCAUGCUGACCAACACCGGACGCUUAGCGAUUCCUGCCAUAGACGCCGAGGCGUACGCUAAUGGAAAGAAGGAGAAGCCACCAUUUAUUCAACAGGAGCAACCGAAGAUUGAGGAAGAGGCCGAUCCAAUACCCGAAGAGCUGCUUUGUUUGAUCUGCCAUGACCUGCUGAGUGAUGCCGUGGUCAUACCUUGCUGCGGAAACAGCUACUGUGAUGACUGUAUUCGCACCACUCUGCUGGAUUCAGACGACCAUGACUGCCCCACAUGUGGCCAAUCAGAUGUCUCUCCUGAUACCUUAAUAGCCAAUAAAUUCCUCAGACAGACUGUCAAUAAUUUCAAGAGAGAACAAAACAACACCAAAACCUUGAGAAGAAAGUCUGACAGUUCCCAGUCCCAGAAUUCAACCCCGACACCAAACCCUGUCCCAACGCCUCCUCCUGUCACCACACAGAGCCAGCCGCAGAAGCCUCCUCCAUUACCCGACAGCCAGCGGGACUCUCUGCUGGAUCAACCAACGACUGCAAACUCACCACCAUUAUCUCAGGUGUCUGGGCUUCCCUCUGCAGCAACGAGCCCUGCGUCUGCUCACAGCACACCGAGCAGUUUCCUCCAACCUGUGCAAAGCCACCUCGAGAUAUCUGACAAGGAGGCUGAAGGAAACACACAGGAUGACUCAGCAGCUCUUGUCUCAUCCGUACUGGUUUCGAACAAGGAUCCUGCAGAAGCUCCGUCUGAGCCGACACCACCGGUUAACCACACUGCAGUGGCAGAGCCGCCUCAGACAGUGAAUCAGCAGCCCUCCUCUGCAGAUGGAGCUGUGAGACAGUCUGGGUUGGCAAACAGCUGGGACAGCUCCUCUUCCUCCUCAGGUUACCCUCCCUCCUUAUCGUCCUCCUCCUCUUCAUAUCCAGCUACACCUCCACCUCUAUUUCCCUCCCCCCUUUUUCACACUUUCCUACUAGCUCACCAGUCCCAUGGCGGUUACCCUCCUGGAUACCCACCUACCACGCCCGUCUGGACGCUUCCAACGCCCCAGGGUGCCCCCAUCCCUCCCCUCUGCUCCUCCACCUCCGCCUCCUCCAUCCCUGCCCUCAUCCCCAAGGAGUGGUACAGGUAUCAGAGAAAGGAGAAGGAAAGGUCCCCUCACAGAGAAUCUAGCUACAGACGCCCCUCUUCUCAUUCUAAUUCAAAGUCUUCUAAAUCCAAAUCUUCUCGCUCUUACUCUCGCUCUUCAAGUCGCUCUGGAUCACGCUCCCGGUCCAGAUCCCAAAGCAAGUCAAGGCCCCGCUCUCCUUACUCUCGUCACAGAGAUCACCGCACCCGCUCUUCUCCCUCUGGCUCUUACAGCUUCGGUUACAAGCGCUCACGCUCUCCCACGCCGUCCUCGUCGUCAUCGCCCCGAGUGGGUUACCACUCCAGGUCCAAGUCACCCGCAGAUCACUGGAAGAACCGCCAUCACGGCAGGAAGUCGGCUUCGAGCAGCUGCAGCUCCAGGAGGCGAGGAGAACGCUCAGGGAGGGAGGCAGGAGGCUUGGGGGAAAGUUCGACCAGAAACCUGUACGGUGAGCAUACAAAGCAAACCAGCAGCAGCCAGGACCUGGACAGAGAGAGCUACAUGCAGUGGAAGUACAAAGAGUGGUAUGAGAAAUACUUCAGCAGCUACGUGGGCCAGUUCCCCCAGAUGCCUCUUCCCUUCGUCAAUCUUCUUCCUCCGCCUCAGCUGGAGGACAGAGAAGGAAGGAGAAAUCAUUCACACGCUAACUUGGACUCUCGCUACCGACCACAAGGUAGACAGACCGCCGGGACGGAUGACCGGUCUCCUUCAUCUGAGUCGUCCAGCGACAGCCGCUCUCCUCCGUCUCAGUCUUCAAGUGACAGCCUCUCCACGCCGUCUCAGUCAUCCAGCGCCAGCCGUUCCUCUCUGUCCUGUAAAACUAAUGAUAGCCGCUCUCCUCCCUCUCGGUCCUCCAGCGACGGUCGCUCCACGCCGAGGCAAUAUCCAGAGAUCUGCAGUGAGAAGCACAACCGCUCGACGGUCACACAUGCACGGAAUAGUGAGGGAGUAAAUCCACGAGAACAUGAGCAUAAGAGGAUGAAGAAAGUUGAGGAAGGACGAGGGGAGGACUCGUCAUCCCUUGAUGCUGCAGACUCUACACAUGACAGCAGGAAGGGGAAGAGCUGUGGACCAAAUUCCUGCAAGGAUGGCACUCCAGUCAAAAACAAAGCAACUGCCAGAGAUGCCUUAGAAUCCCCUCCCCUGAAGCUGGAUAAACCUUUGGAUAAAGACUAUGAAAGAAAAGCCAAAGAAGAGAGGAAUUCAGAGAGAGAGACGGGAUCGAGACGAGGCAAAGAGUCAAACUCGAGACAAAAAGAGGGGAGACAGCACAGAGUAAAGCCCAGUAAAGACCCAGACAGAAAAGAAACCUCCAGAGGCAGCACAGCUCCUGACUCCAGAUCAGAGAACAGUAGAAAAAGAAAGGUGGAGAACCUGGAGAGAAACGAGGUGGAUAGUAGUAUUUCUGUUAAGUCUGAAAGCAGCAAAUGCCUUAAAACAGAAACUGUAGAGGACCCCGAAACCUGCAAGAGUGAAUCUCCACAAGCACUUGAUCGAGAAAAACAAAAAAUGGAAAAGAAAAAGGAGAAGAAAACAUGGCCUCUGACCGAGACAGACAUCUGGGAGGGAGGGAUGGAGGUGAAACCUCAGAAGAAGAUUAGCAUCAACAUCAACCUCAGCAGGAAAAGGACAGAGGAGAAAACUGAUCAACAGGACUUGUCUUAUUUAGAGAACAUUACAGGGAAAUUACAGGAAAAAAUAGAGCACACUGCUAUUAGAGAGGAGGAGAAGUUAAACGAAGGCAAGAUAGAAAUGGAUGAAAAUAAAAAGAAGGAAAACACCAAAGACCAAGAGAUGUUGUUUGAUGUCAAACCAGAAGAAGGAGACAGAAGAAAUAUGUGGGACAAAGCUGACUUCAGAGAUGACAAGGGAGGCGUGUGGGAGACAAUUGCAGGUAAGAAAGGAGAAAAAAAAGACCAAGGAGAGGAGGAGGACUUUGACUUAUGGCAUUGUGCGCUCAGAGGAGUGGAGGAGAGCAUCGUGGGAAAAGAGGAAGAAGCAGAGAGAGCAAGAAAUGACAGCAAAGAAGAGGAGAUGGCCGUAACCUCCCAAACAGAGAAGACAGAAAGCACAUGCAAUGAAAACAGAGGUGAAGAAGACGACUCAGCCAGGUCCAACUCACAGAAGAGCAAAAACAAGAGCCGCCAUGAUGGAUUUCAUUCUACACUGGCUAAUGGCAGCAGCACGUCUGUGGUGGCCAGCUGUGGAGGCGAAGAAACUCAGCAGAGGUGGGCGGGGAUGACAAUUGUGGACGAAUACACCGAGGACCGAGCUGCAGACGUAAUCAUACAGGUGCCUCGCUCCACAUGGGAGAACGAAGGCAAAAGAGAGCAGCAUGACGGAGAGGUCAGAGUUCACGCUGUCUCUCCUGUGGCUCUAUCUCAACCAUCAGUGACCAACAAGGAGACAGGGGGGGAUGAACAACAGAGAAAGAGGUCAAUGGAGAGAGGCAGGGAUGGAGAGAUGGUGAGAAGGAGGGACAGGGAGAAGGAGGAAAGCUCCUCUUUGUCCUGGUCAGGCAGGGGUGUGGCUCCCUCUAGUGGCAAAACUAGAACUGACAGCGCCUCCGUUUCAGAGAGGGAGAGAGGAAGGCAGAAGCAGAGCAAGAGCGAAAGAUCAAAAGAGCAAACGGGGGUGGAAGACAGGAGGAGAGACAGGGAGAGAGACAGGGAGUGCAGCACCUCUGCCUCAAUGCAAAGCAGAAAUCUUCCUUCCUCAUCAACGUCACAAAACGCAGUAAGAAAAGACAGCCGGCGAGGAUGCAGUCAGAGCAGCAGCAGCAGCGGAAAGUUCAGCAGAAACAGUGCAACAAGCAGGGCCGCCGAGCUGCCUGAUCAACAUGCACAGAAAUCACACAGAGAUGUGCAACUGGAACUGAAAUGUAAGGACCAGUUUGACUACUAUGGUAAUUACCAAGAGCCAUUAGAGAACUACAGACACCAAGACAAACCAGCAGGGACCCACCCAUCUCCACCUUCCUCCUCUGCUAGAAAGGAAAGAGACCUGCUUCCCUUUGAAUCCUCUGCAGGGCCUCAAAGAAGGUCCCCUGAUUGGGGAGUGAUGCAGAACAAAAGUAGAAAUGACAGUGAGGUAAAGGGAGGAGAGUGGAAGCCAAACAAGGUGGAUAAAUUAGUAAGACAAGCCAAAGGGGAGAGAGAAAAUCAGGAGAUGGUGGCUCAUGGUGGUCGCUGGGAGGACGAGGCUGAUGAACUGGAGGGAGAAGGGAGGCCCAGCAGCCGAAGCAGCAGCAGCAGCAGCAGCAGCAGCUCAUCAGCAAGCCAGAACAGCAAUGAGGGCAAGAGAAAUGAGAGGACGAGGACGGAAAGGAAGCACGAAAAGGAGAGGAGACAGGAGAAAGAAGAAGUGCUAUUACAAGAAAAGCAAAGAGGGAACGUUGAAGCAGAGUGGAGGAGAGGAGGACGGCGACACUAAGCUGUACUCAGCUAUGUCAUGGGAAAAAAAAAAGAAGAAGAAGAAGAAAUUUACUUGAUGUUUUUCCUUUCUCUGACCAAAAGGUGCCUGGUUUAGUUUUAUUUUUUUUUUGACAUUCUUUUUUUCCCAGGAUGCUUUUUAUAUCACUUUAAGAUGUGUCAUAUCUAAUAUACAUCAACCAAAAUGCUCGUAAAGAAACUGCAAAGGAAAAGCACCUUAUACAAAAUAUGAAUGUACAUGAAAUCAAAUGUCAAGUAAUUUGCACACGACUCGCUCAGGACUGCCAGCAGCUGUAUAUCAUUAUAAGUAUACCUGCAAUGUUACAGUUUGAAUGAAAGAGGUGUUACACUUUGACAAGAAGUGAGUAAUUUGAUUUGCUUUAUACUGGAGCACAUAAGAGUGCAUACAGAGGAUUGUGAAAAAGAAAAAGAAAAAAAAGAAGAAGCUUGUGAUUAAAAACAGAUACUGUGAAUAUUUAUGAUUUCAACCUCUGUGUUGUCUUUUUUUUUCUCUUCUUUUUAAUUUUUGUAAAUGUUUAUUCUAAAAACAACUGCUGGAUGGAUAAAUAAUUUACCAGAGGAAAGUUUAGUUUUUCCUGUUUUGAAGGAAAUAAAAAGAAAUAUCUAUAAAAUGUUA